CAAUAUGCAAUUGCAUAAUAAUCUUUCAUUGUGUUGUGUUGCUAUGAUGAGUUGUGAUUUCACACCAAUUCUUCUCUCGGCCCUAUGCAAUCUUCACUCCAUUUUUAUCUGUGUGUAAUUGUUAGAAUUCUUACAUCAAGAAGAGAGAGAGAGAGAGAGAGAGAGAGGUGUAGACAAGUGCUUUUAAGGGUUGGGCUUUGCUUCCUCACCCAUGUGUUUACGUACCUAAAUUCGCUGCGACCCUUUUUGCCUCUUUCUCUAUAUCUCUAUUCGCCAUUAAAGCUCCAGUGGAGCUUUUGUCAAUGCAAUCUUCAUAAAAGGCGAUAGAUUUAUGUUUAAGGGUAUACCCACAAGCCAAUGAGACCCUAGCAAUCAGGUUUGAGAGAAUCAUUCAACUUUUAUUCGCUUUAACGUAUUUAUAAUUGCGUGGUCUUCUCACCGCUGGCUUGGAUUUUGUAUAUUACGAGUCUUUAAUUUCUCUGUGCUAUGUAUAUAGACUUCUCUCUUGUUCAACAAUUUCAUGGGUGCGUUGAGAAUUAGGGUUUUUUUUUUUUUUUUUUUUUUUUUUGAGGUUAAAGGGCAUUCGUUUCUCGGUUUGAUGUGGUCCUUCACUGGUUUAGAGAUUUGAUUUUUUUGAGAUUGAGGGAAAUGGGUUUUGUGGGUUUGUUCAUUCCAUCAUUUGUUUAAAGAUUUUGGGUGUUUUUUGAGGUUGAAUGGUAUUUGUUUCUGGGGUUUUUAUCUGUGUUCCAUUACUGUUUUGAGAAUUUGGUAAUUUGUUGUUAAAGGGCAUCAGAUUCUGAGGUUGUGUCAUCUAUUGCGGGUUUCAAGAUUUGGGUUUUUGAGGUGAAGGGAUACUGAUUUCUGGGUUCUUGUCUGUUUUGUAACCAGUUUCUGAAUUCGAGUCUCUAAGGCUAUUGGGUAUUGGUUUUUGUGUCUGAUAACUGGUUUCAGUUGGAGUGUGUGUGACUGAUUGAGAUAUGAGUCGGAGGGUCCGUAGAAAAGUGGCAAGGAAGGGGAAGGAUAAGGUGGUUUUGCCAAGUUACCCAGAAAUUGAGGAUGAGGGUUUGAGUUUGGACCAGAAAGUGGUAGUGGAUUGGACUAGACUACCUGAUGAUACAGUGAUUCAGCUGUUUUCGAGUCUGAAUUAUCGUGACCGGGCGAGCUUGUCAUCAACCUGCCGGACAUGGAGGAGUUUAGGUAUUUCUCCAUGUUUGUGGCAAUCGUUGGAUCUUCGUGCUCACAAGUGUGAUGUUACCACAGCAGCUUCACUUGCCACUCGAUGUAUGAAUCUUCAGAAACUCCGGUUUCGUGGGGCAGAAUCUGCUGAUGCAAUAAUUAAUCUUCAAGCUAGAGGUUUGCGUGAAAUCAGCGGUGAUUACUGCAGGAAAAUUACUGAUGCUACCCUCUCCGUGAUUGUGGCUCGACAUGAGGCACUUGAGAGUCUCCAGCUUGGGCCAGAUUUCUGUGAAAGGAUCAGCAGUGAUGCAAUCAAAGCAAUUGCUAUUUGCUGUCCUAAACUUAGAAAGCUUAAGCUUUCAGGUAUCCGGGAUGUUGAUGGGGAAGCCAUCAAUGCAUUGGCUAAGCAUUGUCAGAAUUUGACGGACAUUGGGUUCAUAGACUGUCUUCAUGUCGAUGAGAUAGCAUUAGCAAAUGUUGUUUCACUUCAGUUCCUCUCGGUUGCAGGAACAACAAAUAUGAAGUGGAGUUUGGUUUCACAGCACUGGAGUAAACUGCCUAACUUGACAGGUUUAGAUGUUUCAAGAACGGAUGUCGUUCCAACUACUGUUUUGAGAUUGUUGUCAUCUUCACGAAGCUUGAAGGUCUUGUGUGCAUUGAAUUGCACUGCUCUCGAGGAAGAUGCCAACUUUGCUACUAAUAAUAAUAAAGGUAAAUUGGUACUUACCCUUAGCACUGACAUUUUCAAGGGGUUAGCUUCUCUAUUUGCCGAUAUUACAAAGAAAGAGAGAAAUGUAUUCUCCGAUUGGAGAAAUUUGAAGAAAAAGGAUAAGAACUUGGAUGAAAUCAUGACUUGGCUUGAAUGGAUAAUAUCCCAUUCACUUCUACGCAUGGCCGAGAGCAAUCCACAGGGUUUAGGUAGUUUCUGGCUCAGCCAAGGUGCUGGGCUGUUGCUCAGUUUGAUGCAGAGUUCACAAGAGGAUGUCCAGGAAAGGGCAGCCACAGGACUUGCAACUUUUGUUGUCAUUGAUGAUGAAAAUGCUAGCAUUGAUAGUGGAAGGGCUGAAACAGUUAUGCGGGAUGGUGGGAUACGUCUUCUUCUAAACCUUGCAAGAUCUUGGCGGGAGGGGCUUCAGUCAGAAGCUGCAAAGGCUAUAGCAAACUUGUCUGUGAAUACGAAUGUUGCAAAAGCUGUUGCAGAAGAAGGAGGAAUCAAUAUUCUUGCAAAUUUGGCACGGUCUAUGAAUAGGUUGGUUGCUGAAGAGGCUGCUGGAGGACUAUGGAAUCUCUCUGUCGGGGAAGAGCAUAAGGGUGCAAUUGCUGAGGCUGGCGGUGUAAAAGCUUUAGUUGAUCUUAUUUUCAAAUGGUCUAGUGGUGGUGAUGGAGUCCUGGAACGUGCAGCUGGUGCACUGGCGAAUUUGGCAGCUGAUGACAAGUGUAGCAUGGAGGUUGCAGUGGUAGGUGGUGUACAUGCUCUGGUGAUGCUAGCUCGCUGCUGCAAGUUUGAGGGAGUUCAGGAGCAGGCUGCUCGUGCCUUAGCUAAUUUGGCUGCCCAUGGGGAUAGCAAUAGUAAUAAUGCUGCUGUUGGACAAGAGGCAGGUGCUCUCGAAGCACUGGUGCAACUUACCCGUUCUCCCCAUGAAGGUGUCAGGCAAGAAGCUGCUGGUGCAUUGUGGAAUUUGUCAUUUGAUGAUAGAAAUCGAGAAGCAAUCGCGGCAGCUGGUGGCGUCGAAGCCUUGGUUGCUCUUGCAAACUCCUGUUCAAAUGCAUCUCCAGGUCUUCAGGAGAGGGCUGCUGGCGCUUUGUGGGGAUUGUCAGUAUCAGAAGCAAAUAGCAUUGCUAUUGGACGAGAAGGAGGAGUUGCACCUCUGAUAGCACUUGCAAACUCGGAGUGUGAAGAUGUUCAUGAGACUGCUGCUGGAGCUCUUUGGAAUCUUGCUUUCACUCCUGGUAAUGCUCUUCGAAUAGUGGAGGAAGGGGGGGUUCCGGCCCUUGUUCAUCUUUGUUUUAAAUCAGCAUCUAAAAUGGCACGCUUCAUGGCUGCGUUGGCAUUGGCAUACAUGUUUGAUGGCAG